UUUACGCUGAAACUCUUGCUGUUAUAAUAACUCUCUCUCUCUAUCUUUUUCUCUCUCAAAACCAACCUUCUUUUCUUGCAUGCAUUCCACCUUCACCUUCUUCAUUUUUCUCUCAUAAACUUGUAUUAAUUUUUAUCUAAUAAUAUUAAUAUUUACAUUAACAUUAACUACACCCCACUACUAACCCUCAAACGGUGUUAGAAGUUUCAAAAAGAAACGCCAAAGGGUGUGUGUGUUGUGUUAAACUCGUUUUGUUUUUUUGUUAUGAUGAUUUAAAACCGUUGUUUCUGUUCAAAGACUUUGUGAGUAUAUUUAUCUAGUAAAUCAUAUUUUUACCAUUCAAAUAUCAUCAAAAUGGCUCGUGCUACUACUACAAAUUCAAAUAAUAACUGGCUAUCAUUUUCACUUUCACCCAUGGAAAUGCCUCAGUUUGUUCAAUAUGACCAAGCUUCUUCCGUUACUACUAACUCCUCUCAUCAAAAUCAUCAUAACUAUUUCCUUGACAACUUGUAUACUCAUAAUGGGUGGGGAAACGGAACCAAAGCAGAAGAACAAGAACAAUCAAUCUGGUUUGUGGAUUCAUCAAACACUGUUAACCACACUCCACCACCAAAGCUAGAAGAUUUUCUAGGUGACAGUCAAACAGAAACACAAGAUUCAUCACUCACAAACAUGUAUGAUCAUCAUCACUACUUCGGUGGGGACCACUCCCAGCACCAACACCAACAACACCACCAGGAUCUUACUGGUUUUCAAGCUUUUUCAAACAACAACUCUGGCUCUGAAGUUGAUGAUUCUGGUUCAAUAGGGAAAUCAGGACAAGCUGCAUGUGGGAAUGAGUUUGGUACAACUCAUUGUGUUGAGUCUGUGAAUGAGUAUGCUUACUCCACCGCUGCUGCGGCAGCGGUGGGGGCUAAUGGAACUCUGUCGCUCGGUGUUGCGCAGAGUUCCGAGGAAAAUGCUAUUGUUGCUGUUGCUGCUGAUUCUGAUAGCUCUAAGAAGAUUGUUGAUACUUUUGGUCAAAGAACUUCAAUUUACCGUGGUGUCACUAGGCAUAGAUGGACAGGAAGAUAUGAAGCCCAUCUAUGGGAUAACAGCUGUAGAAGAGAAGGUCAAGCUAGGAAGGGUCGUCAAGUCUAUUUGGGUGGAUAUGACAAAGAAGAAAAGGCCGCAAGAUCCUAUGAUUUGGCUGCUCUAAAGUAUUGGGGGCCCACUGCUACUACCAACUUCCCUGUUUCCAAUUAUGCAAAAGAAUUGGAAGAGAUGAAGAAUGUAACAAAGCAAGAAUUCAUUGCUUCAUUGAGAAGGAAGAGUAGUGGCUUCUCAAGAGGAGCUUCCAUCUACCGGGGUGUCACAAGGCAUCACCAACAGGGUAGGUGGCAAGCAAGAAUUGGUCGUGUUGCCGGGAACAAAGACUUGUAUCUUGGAACAUUCGCAACUGAAGAGGAAGCUGCAGAGGCCUAUGACAUUGCGGCCAUAAAGUUCCGAGGCGCAAACGCGGUGACAAACUUUGAGAUGAACAGAUAUGACGUGGAAGCGAUAAUGAAGAGCUCUCUUCCAGUUGGCGGAGCAGCUAAACGCCUGAAGCGUUCUCUAGAAUCAGAACAGAAAGCUUCUGCUGACAACAACAUUCAACAGAACAACUCUCAACAAAGUGCUGCAAACUUGACUAACAGCAGCAGCAGCAACAACAUCAACUUCUCAGCUAUUCAACAUCAGCAACCAAUGGCUUCAAUUCCUUAUGGUAUUCCGUAUGACUCGAAUACGGCUUACUAUCAUCACAACCUCUUCCAGCAUUUUCAUGCUAGUACCAAUGAUGGCGCUGCAGAAUCAGCAGCGAAUGGAGGACUCAAUGCCAUGCCACCAACAUCGGCUGAGUUCUAUUUAUGGCCAAAUCAGUCCUAUUGACUUGAAGUAGUGUUUAGGUUUAUCUUUUCCUAAUUUCUUGCUUUGCUGACUAAUGAAAAACUAAAGCUAUAAUCUCUAGCACAGUUUUAGCUGACAAUAUUUUAUGGUCUUCUCUAUAUGAUAUGAUUAACCAUUUAGCAACUAAUCCAUGUUAUAUGCAGUUUUUUGAGUUUGCUAAUAUUAGUUACAGUGGGAUGCUGGAUUAUGUAACUAGUUAACUACUCAGGAAAUGAGGAAUAUUUUUAGUCAUGCAUAUUAUAGUUUUGGUCCCUGGAAUUAUUCCUAAAUGCUUCUCUUAA